AUGAAUACACGUCUGUUACAACGUCAGCACACACUCUCCAUCUCAGCCUUGUUGAUGCCAAAAUCUUCGUCACUCACCCCACCACCCCCAGACUCUCCGACACCAGCACUCCAUCAGCUCCCUCCAGCAAUCCUACUCCUUGCACUUCCAGGGUUUCUGACAGUGCCUGCUCUCGCCUCUGAUGUAGAAUCUUGUGCUUGGACAAGUUUGGCCAAAGUUGGCAUGAGAGUCAUGGAGAGUGGCUUUUGCUUGCAGGAGGGAGGAUGUGACUGGGCUGUCAAGAAAGCACUUAGCAAAGGCCUUCUCAUCAGACAAAAAGUUGGUCUCUUCUUAUUUUUGACAUACACAAUUGACCAUAUCAUUGCAAUUCAGCACCCUUCACUUCGGCCGCUUCACCACCACCUCACACUCCUCCACGCUCAUUUUGCAUUUACCUUCCCUUCCUCUUCCACAUCCCCAAAAUUUGCAUGUGCUAUCCUAAGAUGCCUCAUUGCAUCAUUUGUACCCUCCGAUCCACCAGCCACCGUAUAUAAUGCACACCUAACAUUAAUUGCCCAGAUUACUACACCACCCCCUUCACUCAAUGUUGCUGCUAAUACCACCCCUGCACCACUAGGUGCCCCUGCUCUCAACAAGUACUGA